AUGACAGAAGAUCCAUUUACUGAUACCGCAAUAACUUCGACAAAUACAUUUGUGAUUAAUCCAGAAGCUCAUACAUCUCUACAGCUUUUACAUCGACGUUCAUCUGGAGAAGAUAUUGAUGAUGAUGAAGAAGAACCAGAACCAGAAGACGAUGUAGAUGAAGAAGGUGAUGACAAUAAUGUUGAAGAAGAAGAAAUUGAAGAAGAACAGGAUGAUCCUAUUCUAGUCGCCGAACUUAAUAAUGCCCAUGUAAAUGACUUACUAUCUUCACCGGAAUUUUCUUCAUUGCCAUCACGUCCAUUUUCUACUGGUUGGGGUCGUGGUGUACGAUCAAUAUCUAUAAGUCCUCCAAGUCCAAGUCCAACAACAACAACAACACCUGUGAUAGUCGAUUGUGUUACUGUUAAGAAUGAAUAUAAAUCCGAACUUUCAUCAGUUGAACAAAUUAAAGAAAAUACUGAAAAUCUAGCAACGACAACAACAACAAUAACAAAAAAGAUAACAAAAAUAACUACACGAACUACUCUACCAAGAGGAGGACUUCAUACACAAUCUCAUGGAAAGGAGAGCUUCAAUGAAACAAUUGAUUUUUCAUUUAAUGCAAGUACAACAAAAAUUGUUUUUGAUAAUGAAAGUGGUUAUAAAAGAGCUCUUCGUAAACUUACUGAAUUUAAAAUUCCAAAUGAACCAAGUCGUCAUUAUGCUGAUAUAUGGUCAUUUUGUUUAAAUUCACGAACAACACGUUUAUAUCAUCUUCAAGAUUAUGAAUCUCAAAAACAAAAUAGUACAGAAGAAUUAAAACCACCACUCGCAUCUAUAUCUCCGAUUCUUCUAUCAGAACCAGAUAGUCAAUUCUGGCUUGUAUUUCAACGACGACCUAUUUUUAAUGAAAUAAAAUUUAAUAUUGAUACUGAAUCAUGUAUAAGCCCAGUACAACCAAUAAGAAACAAUUCAGUAUUAGCUCGAAUAAAAUUCUUUCGUGAUACUCAUGUUAGUUUAUCAUAUGGUGCAUUAACAUCAAUGAAUGAUUUUUAUUAUCAUCCUGAAUAUACGUUUCGAAAAACAACAGAAUGGACGAUACUUUUUCGAUCUAAAAAAAUCGAACUUGAUCGAUUAGAAAAUUUUGUACGCCAUAGUGACGAUAGUUUUACAAAAACAUUUCGAAAAUCAGUUCUACCAACCGAAUUAAUUGAUCGAGCAGUUAUAUUUACCGUUCAUCGAUUAGGUUUUACUGUUUAUAUAUGUACUAAAGGCAAUAUGCAUGAAUAUAAACGAACUAGUUAUCACGCUGAAAGUCGUGCACAAACAGAUCGUAUAUCGUCAAAAGAUAAUGAUUGUCCAAUAUUUUCUACAAUAUGUUUACAUAUAUUGGUUAAAACUAAUCGAACAAAUCGUUAUAAUAAUACUGAAAAUAAAUAUCUUGCAUUAAGUCAAGUGAAAGAAUUAUUUGGAUUUUUAUUAGAUUUUUUUUAUAGUAAUCAAAUACUUGUUUGUUUUGCUCCAAUUAAAUUUCAACGAGGUUGUUUAACAAAUAUUCGAAGUUCAACAAAUAAAAUAUUUACACGUCCAAUUCAACUUUAUGCAUUUUCAAUGUUAAAAAAUGUUGGUUAUUUAAUUGAACAAAAAAUAUCUCAACUAGAUAAGUUUCGAGACUCAUUACUUCAUUUAGCAGGUGAUGAUGAUGAUAAAUUCUAUCGUCUAUGUCUUUAUUUAUUUCGACGAGCAACUGAAUAUCAUUUUUUAAAUCUUCAUAAUGAAUUAAAGGAAGCUGAUAGUCAAUAUACAAUUCAGUUAGAUCAAUGUAAUGUAUUGAAAGUAAAAAUGGCAAAGAUUUUAUCACCACCAAGAAUAAAUUUUGCAUAUGUUCCAUCUAUACGUGUAACACCAACAACAAUUCAGAUACAACCUUUAAAACUUGUUAAACUUCAUCGUGUUAUUCGUGAACAAAGUUUCAAUGAUCCAAUGAGUUUUGCACUUGUUGAAAUACGUGAUGAAGCUAAUAGACCAUUAUAUGCACGUGAUUUUCGUUCAUUAAGAGAUAAAUUUAAACAAAUACUUACAGAUGGUAUUCAGAUAAAUAAAUCUGUCUAUUGUUAUUUACAUCAUUCAAUGUCACAAGUUAAAGAAAAACAAUUUUGGUUUCUUGAUAAACGUUAUUCAUUAGAAAAUAUUUUAUCAUGGAUGGGAAAUUUUGAUAAUGAACGUAUUGUUGCAAAACAUGCUGCUCGAAUGGCUCAAUGUUUUACAUCAACUGAACCAUCUAUAAGAAUUCCUGCUGAACUUGUCAAAUAUAUUCCUGAUGUUAAAACAAACGAUAAACAAUAUUGUUUUACUGAUGGAGUUGGUACUAUAUCAAAGGCGUUAUGUCAAAAGGUACAAAAAAAAAUGGGCAGACGUUUUAUGCCAAGUGUAUUACAAAUUCGAUAUGGUGGUUGUAAAGGAACUGUUUCUGUUGAUCCAAAUCUUGAUGAUAAACCUCAUCAACUUGUAAUUCGUCAUUCAAUGCUUAAAUUCAAAACUGAACAUGAUCAAUUAGAAAUUUGUAAAGUUUCUUCUCCUCGUGCACUUUAUCUUAAUCGUCAAGAUAUUCUUCUUCUAUCAACACGUGGUGUACCUGAAGCACAUUUUCUUGUUUUACAAAAUGAAAAUCAUUUAUGGCUUGUUCAAGCUUUACUUUGUUCAUCAAUUGCAUUUGAAUUAUUAAAUGAUCGUGUUGGUUCAACAUAUUUUAAUUUUCGUGAUAUAGCUAAUGCAAUUAAUCUUGUUGAAGAACCAUUUUUUCUUCAACUUCUCAUUACAUGUGGUCAUGAUUGUGUAUCAAAAUUUCAACAACGUGCAAAAAUUAAAACAGCAAAAAAUAAAGCAAGAAAUAUGUUUGGUAUUGUUGAUGAAUAUGGUGUACUUGAAUAUGGAGAAGUAUUUAUACAAUAUAAUCAUAUUAGUGAUGAAAAAUUAGAAGCAAGCGAGAAACCAACUAGUACACCACCAACAGUUUUAGAUAAAGUUAAAGUUGUUAUAACAAAAAAUCCUUGCCAUCAUCCAGGUGAUUUAAGAACAUUUACAGCAGUUGAUAAAAUUGAAUUAAGACAUCUUGUUGAUGUUGUUGUUUUUCCACAAAAAGGUCCUCGACCACAUCCAAAUGAAAUAUCAGGAAGUGAUCUUGAUGGUGAUGAAUAUGCUGUUAUCUGGGAUCCAGAUUUAAUUCCAACAACGGAUAAUGAUAUACCAUAUGAUUAUGAUUCAGCUGAUGAGCCAGUUAAGCUCGAUUGUCCUAUCGAACGAAAGCAUAUUAUUGAAGUCGUUCUUGAUAUAGCUGCACAAAAUUUAACUGGUGAUAUGUCGAAUUUACAUUUAGCAACGGCUGAUUUAUUAGGUACACGUGAUUUAAGAGUUUGCGAACUAGCUGGUCUUAUUUCACAAGAACUAGAUGCACCUAAAACUGGAAAACAUCCCAUAACUAGUGAAGGAUUAAAUGUUUAUCGAAAUGAAAUACUUCAAGGUCGUUAUCCAGAUUUUAUGAUGAAAGAACGCUAUCAAUCUUAUGCAUCAGAUCAAGUUAUAGGAAAAUUAUAUCGAUCAGCUCGACGUGCAAUAAUUCGUUGGCAUAAAGCAGCUCGAACUCAUUGUAGUCUACGUCAUUUACAUUCAGCACAGAUUGAAGAUGAUUUACAUAAUGAUGAAAGUCUUACAGUAAAUCAUAAUUCUUCACCAUCUUUUUUUAAUUCAAUUCAAGGAUACUCAUAUAAUGAUACAAUCCGUUAUGAACCAUCAUUAACUCUUGAUCCUUCAAUACAGCAUCCAUUAUGUCGAAGUCAAUUACGUUUAGCAAAGACUUUAUAUUACAUGUAUCGUGAAGGUUUACAAAAUAUUAUCAGUGUAUUUAAUUAUCAAGAUGAAAUUGAUUUAUUUUGUCGAUGUGAAGCACUUGAUCAAUUAGUAUCAGGAAAACAAGAUAUCAAUAUAUCAGCUGGUCUUGAAUUACAACGAUUAAUUGAUACAAUACGUCUACGUUUUUUUCAUGAUUUCGAUCAAUUAUCUAUUGAUCCAACAUCAAAACCACCACAUGAUGGUAUAUGUACACAUGAACGUGUAUUGGAUAAAUCUGAAGAUAUUAGAUUAAUACGUGAACGUGAACGUGAACGUUCAUGUGAAAAAUGUAACGAUAUUAAAUUAGCACGUGCAGUUGCUUGUUAUUACAUCUGUUAUUCUACUGCUGCUAAACAAUCAACAAAAGCUCGUUCACGUAUACUUAGUUUUCCAUGGUUAUUUAGUUCAUUUAUUAUUGAAAUAAAAAGACAAAAUCAAAAAUCACAUGAUACUUCGACAUCAAAAUAUAUUGUUAUAGGACGUGCAAUGCGUAAUAUGGCUAAACGAUUAAUGGAAGAAAAUCAAUUAAAAUUAAAAAUUUAUUUAUCCGAUUAUUUUGAUAAAGGUUGUUUAUUUAUACGUUCAAUAAAACCAACGAAUGAAAAGAGUAUUAAACGAGAAAUAUCUGAACAGGAUCAACAAACAAAUUCAAUAAAAUUAACAAAAAUUUUAUUUAUUGAAAUAAUGAAUUAUUGGAUUGAAAGACAAAAGAUUUUUGAUGAAUGUUCAACAUCUUCAGAUAAAAAACCAAGAGUUAGAGAUGUAUGUUGGCAUCAAUUACUUAUGUGUUUUAUUUCAAAAGAAGAUAUUUCAAAUGAAGAUAUUCCAGAUUUAAUACCAAAUUAUGAACAAUAUAAACUAGCUUUUCAAUCCAAACCUCAUAUAUUAAUGACUAAACGUUAUACAAAAUAUAUACAACGUGAAAUAUCAACAUUAUCAGCUGAUUUUGAUAAUUUAAUGCAUAAUUAUUGUACAUCUUUAAUACGUUUAUGCUUUCAAUUAUCACGACGAUAUCAAUCAAAUGAAUAUGCUAAUUUAAGUGAUUACCUCGUUCUUGCUUUACAAUCGAUUGGAAUAGAAAAAGAGCUUAAUGAUAUUGCAUUCGAUAUCGAUAACUAG